UCCUAAUUAUCCUUUGAACUUAAUUGCUUAAUUAGAAGACUAUUCCAGUGUGGUAUGUCGCAAAGGCUGGACUGAAGGUGUAUAGUAUGGAUUGCUGGAACGAAAUUGAUUUUGAUAUCAGUUCUUCUGGAUCACGGCACCAUUUACAAAACUUUUGGCUAACAACUUUUGUUGGGCAUGGAUUACAAUUUUUGAAGUUUACAAUUACGAAUAGGUGACAUAUGCGAAGACAGUUUAAAAAAGCAAACUUCCGCUGCAUAAAGGAAACUGUGUUAAGUCUCAUUUAAUUAUUACACCAAAAAUAAUUUAAAGAAAGUGUAUUUUGAAGGAACACACACGUUAUAUGCAUUUUGAAGGACUUUCUUUAAUCCAAUAAUCAGUCUUACAGGACACAUUCUAAAUUACCCACUGAGGUCAAACAUGUAUUCAGAACUGAUCUUGUUUGGUUUCAAAAUAAUCAGUUUCAACCAACCGAAGAAGUACCCGCAGUAAUUGCAAUUAAUUUAGAGUGCUCCUAGAUAAAUUACUACAAUCAAAAAGCAUUUCAUGUGAGAAAAUCCGUUGCGACGCAACCGAGCAGAUAAAGUGUACCUACCUGCCUGCCAAGUCGAUGACGCAUUUCAUCCCCAUAUUCCUUCGGGUUUUUAAGAACAGGUAGGGAAGGGAAGGACUCCCCGAGUGGGUAUAAAAGACCGAGCAGCUAGACCUACACCAUCAUUCGAACUACAGUUCUUCAUCCGAUCAGAUCAACAACCAUCCAGCAAAAUGUUCGCCGAAACAGCUCUUAUUUCCAACUCGAUCGAAGUGUCGGGGAAGCAAUCUCUCACCGGCGCCUCUACCAACAUGAAGAAGCUGCUGAGGACCAUCAAGAAGAUCUUCAAGAACUCUAAACCUUCAAAGGAGAUCCCGAUCUCCAACGUCCUUUACUCCUGCGCCACUGAGGAGGAGCACCAGAAUUGGCUCAACGAACAACUUGAAGCCAAGAAAAUCAGCCUUCUCUGCUGAGUUCUUCUGGGGUACUCUCCUCCAUCGAAUAACUGUGAUGACCCCCACUGGAAGGUCAAAAAAUCUGCACUUCGGCUUUAAACUCCAACUGUGAUG